AUGACUAAUGGGCUUGAUGAACAAAGCCUGCAACUGGCAUACCGAAAUCGAGAAGAUCUACAAAAUGCCAUUCGUAAUGCUGCAGCUGUUGGGCCCCAUUACAUCGAACUUUUCAACCACAUCACUGCCCAUAUUUUGUCGCUUGCUUCGGAACCAUCAAUACUCGAACCAGAAUGUAAAAAGCGCAAGCUUGACUGCCCGCCAACUUUGGCCUCGGUAGCCAGUGGAAAUAUCCUUCACCCCUGCCACGGCGCCGCGCCCCCGAAAGAAGCCCUACUAGAAGUUUCCGACAUAUCAUUUAUUAUGCCUCAACGCAAGAAGUUCACCGUGGGCUUAACUCAGACGCACUUCUAUGCACGAUUGCAAGGGAUAGUAGCUGGUACGCGCGUCGCAUGGUCUGAUAUCGAACAUGUCUUUCUCCUUCCGAUUCCAGAGAAGAGUCGGCCACAGCAGGCUAUGUUGCUCAUGCCGCGCCAGGCCUGUCGCCUCCAACCCAAGGGAGCGUCAGCGCGCGCUGUACCCUCUCCCGAGCCCAUCGUCUUUACAAUCCCACUGCAGACGCCGCAGCCAAGUCUGCUGGCAGGUCGUGACGCAGCUACAGCUAUUGAGCUGAGCGAUGACUUUUGUGGCUUAUUCAGCACAGUCGUGCGCGAACGCUUGGUGGCCAGCGGUAAUCCACUUCCACUAACAGAGCCCGACGCCAAACUCUUCGCAGGCGUAGCCGAUGGUAGCGGCUGGGUGCCAGCAUUCCGUGGCUCCAAGGAGGGCUAUCUCUUCUUUUUACCACGCGGCAUUCUCUGGGCCUUCAAGAAGCCAAUUCUCUACUUUGACCAUGCCGAGAUUAUCGCCGUCGCCAUCACCGGCGUCCUCUCGCGCACCUUCAACCUAAGCCUCGAGGCCCGUGCAACCGACGGCACAUCGUGCGAGGUCGAAUUCUGUCUGCUCAACCAGGACUACUAUGAGCACAUUACACGCUACGUCGCGCGUUACGGCCUUCUCGAUGGCUCGCUUAAUGAAGCGCGCCGCGCUAAACUUCUUCCUAGUAAAACGGCUUCUGAUGCACUCAGCCCUGCUCCCUCGCCAACUCUACCUGCAGCCGGCGACGCCAACUAUGACGAUGACGAUGAAGACGAAGAAGAUUAUGAUCCCGGUAGCGCCGGUGAGAGUGAUGGGAGCGGCACGAGUAGUGACGAAGAGGAACUCGCUGAUGCCCCUGACCAGGACGCUCAUGACGAUGCACAUGACCCGCUAUAG